AUGGAAGGUUCUCUUUCGGUAAUCAACCCCCAAAAAAGGUCCCUGAGAGACUGGAGAGAUCUUCCUCCAGAAUUGUUGGACGUGAUAGUAAGUAAGGUGUUCUACGUGUUCGAUUACAUUCAAAUUGGGGCGGUUUGCAAGUCGUGGCGAUCUGUAGCUCUGAAUCAGAAACCAAAAAGGAUGUCAACAAUUCAACAACAGCCCCCAUUGCUUCUGAUCGAAAAUAGUAAAUCUCAGACUAAUUACAAACUAUACAACGUUGGAGAGGAACGAUUUUACAAUACUCCUCAACUCAAGGUUCCCCCUCUAUCCCCGAGCCGUCGACUGUGUGGUUCGUCCUAUGGCUGGUUGGCGACGCACAAGCAGAACGGAUCAGUUAAGCUUAUAAAUCCCUUUACAGGAAAGAUCAUCAAAGUUGGUUUUGGUGGCAAUGAUUUUGUUAACAACAAUAGUGCGUGUAAUUUUGAGAAGUUAAUUUUGUCUUGUAAACCUGUGGAAGGUGAUGAUGAUCUUUUCAUAGCUGGUUUGCUCGCAAUUGUAAAUGAGAAGAAAGAGACAUACCAUUGCGUGGUUUUCAAGAGAGCGACCGAAACGUCUUCUUCUUCUUCUUGGAGAGUCGCUGUAAAGGUGGACUUUCGAUUUAAGUUUCAGGAUAUAAUCUUUCACAAAGGUUCGUUAUAUGCCUUGGAUUAUAGUGAUCGGAUUUCUGCAUUUGACUACUACAAGGGUAGUUACGAUGUCGAAAUAUUGCUACCUCCUUAUAGGAUUCCUCCCGGAGGUUGCUAUAAUUUUUUGGUGGAAGCUUCCAAUGGAGACCUGUUAGUACUGUCUAUGGGCGAACCUAAUUGCCCGUGUAAAAAAAAGGGUGGAGGAUAUACGUGGAUUCAAGUUUCCAAGUUGAUGAAAGACGCCAAAAGAGGAAGACUCGGCUUCGUUGAGAUUUCUGAGUUAAAUGAUAAUGAUUCCAUAUUCUUUUGUUCUACUUUCCCGUAUGGGUUCCAACAUUCAUCUUGUGUUCCCGGCUUCAACAAGAACUCCAUAUAUUUCACACAACGUUGUAUGGAUGGAUUAGGCACUUUUCAUACGUUAGUAUUUCGCACGGAUGAUCAGACAAUUAGACCUGUAUGGGAGGACCAUUCAUGGGAUCAUCUCUGGAUUACUCCAACUUUAUGCUGA